UACCGAUCCCCAUCGUUUUUAGCUUUUCCCAUUUCCUACCAUUUCUCGAAACAUGUUGUACAUCGUAAAGGAAACUAGUCUUCGCACAGCUUUGAAACUGGUGUGUAUAUGUGGGACCACUUCCUACACACGUGCAACUGGCACACCAGCGACAUGAAUUCAGUAAAAGUGUACAAGACGAGCAUCAACGAAGUGCUGAGAAAAGAGGAAUGCCCUGAUAAACUAGUCGACAUUGUUCUCCCGUCAGUACUUGAGACCGAUUUAUUUCCCGGUCAUACAAAAAUUCGACCCGCGACUCGACCAAUCGGUACCACUUCCGACGAGGACGAGACGACUGAAGAGGCUGAUGCAUCUGCGGACCAGAACCGCAGUAGUCCGGAACCAGCCGUUUCGUCCAUUAGCGGUAACCGUCCCAAUCGUCAUCGGCCCGGUCAUAAGGAACCCUCCGACAAGAAGAAGCCGCAUGGCUAUCGCCCUGGACGUGAUGAUACCGAUUCCCAGUUAUUUCAACUCGCAUCGUCCUGACCGCGACUAUGCAGACCGUCGACUGGGUGUCUAUUGCUUCUCGCAGGAAAUGAUUACCUGGUCCGACUUAUUGUACAAGUGCACAGAAACUGUGCCACAAUCCGUAUGGAACGAAUUACCAUCUCACCUGCAAGCGCAAGUUCAAGUGGGUGCUAGCAGCUUCGGGCAACCGCAAAUGACACGACGGAGAAUGAACGACUAUUACUAAAAUUCGUUUUCGGCGAUCUAUUCAUGGCGCGAAAAACACAUAAGUGAACAAGUAGCGCGGAGAGUUCCAUAAUUCUCUCGCAAAUAUCGAGAGCCGAUUUAUAGCCAAUUUAAAGUCGCUAUAAUCAAUCACGCCGAAAUAGCGCUAGCUUAAGGAAAUUGAACUCUAACUUCAAUUCGAAGCAGAGAGAAAUUUUGUAUAUUUUCAUAAAUUGUAUAAAUUGCAUAACACAGAUAUUACACGUAUGUAGUUGCAAUAUAUCUCAAUUAAUAUAUACGUUAAUAUAUAUACUGUAUUACGAAUGUACUGUAAUCUGAGAUGUGUGUGUAAUUUCUCACGAUGAUUUCCGAGCUGACUCUACCGCAUUUAUUAGGUACCGUUAAGGCUCAAAAAAUUUUCGCAAAUGUUACUUUUGUAUUUUAAUAAUGGCACAACGAAAUAAAACAUUAGUCAUAUUAAA